AUGAUACUUGAUCAGAGUGAUUCUGGGAAGGUAGUGAUACCGGGUCAAUAUAUCACACCAACAUAUAAAUUACAAACUGAAUCCAACGUAAUUGAAAAAUAUAUCUCAGGAAAGGGAACUACCAUUACACCAAUACAAAUUGCAGAUCAAUCUAAAGUCGUCUCAGUCAUAACAGCCAGUAUCUUAGGGAAAGUAUAUGUGAAUGAAAUUCAAUCCACCAAACCAGAAGAAGAAACUGAUGGAAAAGAUAAAGACGAUGAAGAAGAAGAACAACAGAAAGUUAAGACUUAUUUAGUGGUGGUGAUACCCAAAUCUAGUUCAUAUAUUAAUUUUCAAAAGAAUCAUCAACAAGAAUUAAAGCAUUUGGUUGAUUCCAAUUCAAUUUCAAUCAAUUUACCUACUGAAAAUGAUAUCGUGUUGGUGAAAGUUACCAAAAUCACCUUGAAACAAAUCUAUUGUGAGAUUCUUACCGUUGAAAAUGGGGAUAAUGUAUUAAAAGAUGGUGGAAUAGGAGUUAAUGGAGAUUUAAGUCAUGUAUCAGUCACCCCCAGUGGUGGAUCUGCAAGUUUAUCAAAUUAUCAAACUAUUGCUUCUAGUCAAUCUACUUUAACAGGAGCUCAAUUCCAAGAUAUUGGAGAGAAUUUCAGAGGGAUUAUUAGAUCUCAAGAUAUAAGAUCAACAGAAAGAGAUAAAGUUAAAGUUAUUGAAAGUUAUAAACCAGGAGAUAUAGUUAGGGCUAUGAUUUUAUCAUUAGGGGAUGGAUCCAAUUAUUAUUUAACUACAGCACGUAAUGAUUUAGGUGUUAUAUUUGCUAAAAGUGAAAAUGGUAGUGGGAAUUUAAUGUAUCCAUUAGAUUGGCAAAAUAUGAUUGAUGUAACUAAUGGUAUAAUUGAAAAGAGAAAAUGUGCUAAUCCAUUUACAUAG